UUCAUUUUGUUCAAAAUGUUUAAAAAUUAUGGACAAAUUACAAAUGUGAAAAUGAUUGUCAAAAAAACGAUAAUUCAGCGGGUAGCCCCUCAACGGCGGGUGAUUGUGGCCCACCGAAGGCGGCCAGUGGUGGCAGCGCCGGAGCCGGAGCUGUCAGCGCCGGAGCCGGAGUCUGUGGAACUAGUCGUUGGCUCUAGCGAUGACUCCAAUGACAAUAUUCCACUCGCCACUGUGGCCUCGCAGGAGGGAAAGGAUCGUUCUCAGUCUGGUGGAGAAUCCACAGUCCUCCCAGUCGACAUCGAAGCCGAAAACCUUGUAAGUGAGGUGGCGGUGGAAGAGAUUGGGGAGACCAUUACGCUCAUCAGCACUUCGAGCGAAUACACGGCCGGCUCUCCCAUAACCAAAGUGGAGGAGGAGCCUGUCACUGAACCUGUUCCGAAGCAGGACAAUAAGGAAGACGAAUCAAAAGAGCAGGAAGCUGUGCCGGAAAAGUCAUCCGAGGCGUCAGAAUCUGCAAAAGAGCCAGAACUCAAAGAGGAACCUGCCUCCGGCGAACCACAAAGCAAAGCAAGCAAAGAGGAGCCCGAAAAAACUCAAAAAGUGGAGGAGAAAGUAGCCACUACCGCCGCAGCUCCAGCGCCAGCUUCAUUGCAUGACACGGAUGAGGAGUCCUCCUCGCUAACAGAUGGCAGUAAACAGGACGACCAGCCAAGGAGUUCGAAGGGAAAGGCACAUGCUUCGAAGCCAGCUCCAGAUGAUUCCAAGAACGAGGCAGAGCACGGCGGAACACCCCAGCCGCCUUUCGCGCCAGCUCGUGCUCCGCUUUUGAGGAAACUUCCGCAUCGGGAUCGCUCCGGAAGUCCAAUGGUGGACGAUGAUGUCACAACGGCCAGUGACCAUUCCACAGCCCGGUCCACGCGGCGGAGGUGCUCCUCUACGCCCGUAAUCGACAGUAUCCCCAACUCCCCCGCCUCCAGCGAGCACACGGACGACAGAAGGGAAACACGGGCCGCUUCCAAGAAGCUCUUCCUCUCCAUUUACUCGACGUUGCUGGACAGCAAGAAUGCCGCUCCCUUCAAGCGUCCCUUUCACGACGAGCACGCUCAGCGGCAUGUGGACUUGUGCCUGCGUCCCAUGGACCUGCCCACCAUCAAGCGGAAUAUCGACUCGGGAUUCAUUCGCAACCUCAGUGAGCUUCACCGCGAUGUCCUUUUGAUGGCUCAAAAUGUUCUGGUGGCUUACAAACCGCAUACCAAUCAGCACAAGACGGCCCGGCUGUUCGUCCAGGACUGUCAGGCCAUCAAGGAGUUCUCCCAGCAGCAGCAGCAGCAGCAACAGCAGCAGGACACCCCAGUAGUCAGUGCCCCGAUAGCCACAACGCCGGCGAACAGCGGGAGCAGCAAGGCGGAGCGGGAGAAGCCAAGUGGGAACAAGGCAAGGAGUGGCUUCCGGAAGAGCCAGAGGCAUCACUAGUCUUAAGGUUAGAUGAUAAGCAUAUAGGUGGGUCACUUUGAAGAUCAGACUUUAAGGAAAGUAAUGAAGUAGUUUUUAAAUUCCAUCUUCACACAAUUUCAGUUCUUUUCUGCAUUUUUUAUUCGACAACUUUCCAUUCGAGUCAUAAACUAUUAUUAACAAUAAACAACUGAGACAUCAAUCAAAGAAAA